AUGCCUGUGCAAAUCCUGCAGAUUGCACUGGUCGCCAUUAAACACAUCCGUAAGGAUGGCUCGGAGCUGUACAUCACAGUUCCUGGUGAGACCUGCAAGCUCCAUCUAGAGGUGGCUUUAAUGCAAAUGCUGUCAAAGCCACCUCACUGCCAGUACGUUCUGCAGCUUGUGGAUUGGUUUGAAAUGGACAACAGCCUCCUGUUAGUCCUGGAAAGACCAAUCCCCUGCAUGGACGUAUAUGAGCUACUGUUGAGUGAAGGAGGCACACUCAGUGAGGUGCUGGCCAAAAUGAUCAUGCUGCAGGUGGUCGAGGCUGCCCGCUACUGCCAAAGUCGGAAGGUUUUCCACCGUGACAUCAAGGCGGAAAACCUUCUUUUCAACUCCGACACCCUGGACGUAAAACUGAUAGAUUUUGGCUGUGGCGAUUUGUGGCAGGACACGCCCUACGAGGAAUAUGCAGGAACUCCAGAUUUUUGGCCUCCAGAAUGGAUCCAGCAACAACAGUACUACGCCGACCAUGCUACCGUCUGGAGUCUCGGCAUUCUCCUACACAGCUUAGUCUGUGGAGAAAUGCCCUUCAGUAAUGAGGAGGAAAUUGUUGCUGGGUCCCUCAAUUUCAUACCUGGCCUGUCUGAAUCCUGCCGCCAUCUGAUCAACUGGUGCUUGGAGCAAGAUCCCACCAAGAGACCAAGCCUGAGGCAGAUCAGUAAACAUGGGUGGUUCACAGAAGGCCUUUCAGGUUAGCCAGAUGAUGGAUAGGCCAUGUUGGGUCAGAACAUCAGCACCCAACAACUCACCCAACCAAUUCUAAUUGACAACUCUACAGUAUCUCACAAAGUGAGUACACCCCUCACAUUUUUGUAAAUAUUUUAUUAUAUCUUUUCAUGUGACAACACUGAAGAAAUGACACUCUGCUCCAAUGUAAAGUAGUGAGUGUACAGCCUGUAUAACAGUGUAAAUUUGCUGUCCCCUCAACAUAACUCAACACACAGCCAUUAAUGUCUAAACCGUUGGCAGCAAAAGUGAGUACACCCCUAAGUGGAAAUGUCCAAAUUGGGCCCAAUUAGCCAUUUACCCUCCCCGGUGUCAUGUGACUCGUUAGUGUUACAAGGUCUCAGGUGUGAAUGGGGA